AUGCCAGGGGCUCUCAUCAACACGAUAUUUGCCAUUUUCAUUUCACUAACUUUGUUAGGAGAAAAGAUGUCCGGUGCUGCUCCAAUGUCACAGUUUAUCCCCGAGUCAGCGGACAUUACGAAUCCAGAAAUGCAGAGUCUGUUGGUAAACCAGGAACUAAAGCGACAGAUGCUAGAGAACUGGCAGUCCGAAAAAGAAUCUUCUGAUGCUGAUAGCACAUUUGGAAGAUCCGGAUGGAAGCGACUUCUGGCACAAAGACGACUGGCUGAACAACAAAAACGAUCAGGCAGAGGCGGUGUUGCACUCUGUUUAUGGAAAGUUUGUCCAGCAGGUCCUUGGCUGGUAUCUCAGAAAAAGUAA